AUGGCUUCCAUCCAGUGUCUCAAUCCUAAGGCUGAACUUGCUCGACAUGCCGCUGCUUUGGAGCUCAACAUCAGCGGAGCGAGAGGACUGCAGGAAGUGAUGCGAUCCAAUCUCGGACCUAAGGGUACACUCAAGAUGUUGGUGUCAGGAGCAGGUGAUAUCAAACUAACCAAGGAUGGCAACGUUCUUCUCCAUGAAAUGUCAAUCCAACAUCCAACUGCGUCGCUGAUUGCGAAAGCCUCUACAGCUCAAGAUGACAUUACCGGUGAUGGUACGACUUCAACCGUGCUUCUAAUUGGUGAACUGUUGAAGCAAGCCGAAACUUAUGUUCUCGAGGGUGUUCAUCCGCGCCUUCUCACUGAAGGUUUUGAAUGGGCAAACGAGCGUACUCUGGAGUUAUUGGAUAAAUUUAAGCAGGAGGUCACCAUUGACCGCAACGUACUUAUUGAAGUGGCCCGAACUUCUCUUCGUACUAAGCUUCAUCACAAGCUUGCUGAUCACAUCACUGAGUGUGUAGUUGAUGCUGUCCUGGCCAUUCGUCAGGGCGACGCAGAGCCUGAUCUGCACAUGAUUGAGAUGAUGGAAAUGCAUCACGAGAGUGAUAUGGACACAACUCUUGUGCGGGGUCUCGUGCUUGAUCAUGGAGCUCGUCAUCCUGAUAUGCCAAAACACGUGGAAAAUGCUUACGUACUGACGUGUAAUGUUUCUCUCGAGUACGAAAAAACAGAGGUAAAUUCGGGCCUGUUCUAUAAAACUGCUGCGGAACGUGAAAAGCUCCUUGCAGCUGAGAGAGAAUUUAUAACAAGAAGAGUCUUAAAGAUUAUUGAUCUGAAAAAGAAGGUCUGCAAGGAUGGGGACAAGAAAGGGUUUGUGGUCAUCAAUCAAAAGGGUAUCGAUCCUCCUUCGCUGGACCUCCUAGCUGCGGAAGGUAUCCUCGCACUUCGCCGAGCGAAACGACGCAACAUGGAAAGACUGCAGCUUGCAGUUGGAGGAGAAGCUGUCAAUUCGGUAGAUGAUCUCACACCUGAUGUUCUUGGAUAUGCAGGACUAGUAUACGAACAUACCCUGGGCGAGGACAAGUACACAUUCGUCGAAAACUGCAAGGAUCCGAAGUCAGUAACGCUUUUGAUAAAGGGACCAAACAAGCACACAAUUCAGCAGAUAAAGGAUGCACUUCAUGACGGUUUACGGGCCGUUUUCAAUACAAUUUCUGACAAGCAUGUACUGCCUGGAGCAGGUGCUUUUGAGAUAGCUGCGUAUUGCAUGUUGAUGAAGGAAGUGGAAUCGCUGAAAGGGCGAGCUAAAUUAGGUGCACUGGCCUAUGCAAAUGCCUUGUUGGUGAUUCCAAAGACCUUAGCGAUCAAUUCUGGUUAUGAUGCGCAGGAAACAAUCGUGAAACUUGUUGAGGAGCGAAACGCGGGCGGCGACAUGCCAGUUGGAUUAGAUUUGGAGAGCGGUGAACCAAUGCAACCAGCGGGCAUUUGGGACAAUGUUAUUGUGAAGAAGAACAGUUUAUCUUCAUCAUGUGUCAUCGCCUGCAAUCUCCUGCUUGUUGACGAAGUUAUGCGUGCUGGUAUGACCAACUUGAAGACAAAUCAACAGGAAUGA